CGCCCGAGAGGCAACAAAAAGGUCGACGUUACACCUCCCGGGUUGCGAUUGAUCCGUUAACAAAAUGCACUCGAUCCGUCGCCAAGCCGCUUCGACCCUCCGUCAGGCAAAGAUUAGGCCUUUUUGCGCCGUCGUCCGUGCUGCUACUCCUGCCGCGCAGAGAUGGGCGACGACCCAGGCGGGCGAGAGUGGUGCCAGGACGGACACGCCCAAGGAGAAGGCUCCCGCUCCGAAGCAGGUCAAGUUAACUGCGGAUUCUUACCCGGAGUUGAAGCGUGAUGAGAGGUUUGCUAAGCUCACGAAGGAGGACGUCGAACACUUCAAGUCUAUCUGCUCCGCCCCCGUCAUCGAGGGUCUCUCCACUGACGCCUCAGAUGAUCUCGAGCCCCACAAUGCGGAUUGGAUGCGCAAGUACCGCGGUACGUCGCAGUGUGUCCUCAAACCGAAGACAACCGAGGAAGUCUCCAAGAUCCUCAAAUACUGUAACGAGCGUUCCCUCGCCGUCGUCCCACAAGGUGGAAACACCGGUCUCGUUGGUGGAUCUGUCCCCGUGUUCGAUGAGAUCGUCAUUAACCUCUCCAACAUGAGCAACAUCCGCUCUUUCGACCCCGUCUCUGGUGCGUUCGUUUGUGAUGCUGGUGUUAUCUUGGAGGUUGCGGAUAACUAUCUCGCCGAGCGGAACCAUAUCUUCCCUCUCGACCUCGGUGCGAAGGGAUCCUGCCACGUCGGUGGUAACGUCGCCACGAACGCCGGUGGACUCCGUUUGUUGCGCUACGGAUCCCUUCACGGAACUGUGUUGGGAUUGGAGGUCGUGUUGCCCGAUGGAACGAUCAUGAACAACCUCAACACCCUCCGCAAAGACAACACCGGCUACGACCUCAAACACCUCUUCAUCGGCGCCGAAGGCACGAUCGGUAUCAUCACCGGUGUAUCCAUUCUCUGCCCUCAACGCUCCGCCGCGAAGAAUGUCGCAUUCUUCGGUGUCGAGAGUUACGAGAAGGUACAGGAGGCGUACAUUAAGGCCAAGGAACAACUUUCGGAGAUUUUGAGUGCGUUUGAGUUUAUGGAUGGAGCGGCGCAUGAGAUCGUUACUGCGCACAACGACGUGCGGAGGCCGUUGGCGGAUCAGCAUCCUUUCUAUAUCGUGAUUGAGACGAGUGGAUCGAAUAAGGAGCACGACGAUGAGAAACUCGGGACGUUCUUGGAGGAUUUGAUGGAGAAGGAAAUCGUCUCAGACGGUGUCGUCGCCGAGAACGAGACACAGGCAUCCACCAUCUGGGGCCUUCGAGAAGGUAUCUCCGAAUCCCUCUCCAAAUUGGGCGGAACCUACAAAUACGACGUCUCCAUCCCCCUCAAGGAACUUUACUCCAUGGUCACCGACACCAAAACCCACCUCGAGAAGGCCGGCCUCGUCGGUGAAGGAUCCCCAGUCGUCGACGUCGUCGGCUACGGACACUUGGGCGACGGCAACCUCCACCUCAACAUUCCCGUCCGCUACUACGACAAAUCCGUUGAAAAAGCCCUCGAGCCCUUUGUCUACGAGUGGCUCGAGAAGCGGUCUGGCAGUAUUUCUGCGGAACAUGGGUUGGGUGUUGCGAAGAAGCCGUUUUUGAAGUAUUCGAAGAAUGAGGUGAUGAUUCGGUUGAUGGGGCAGAUUAAGAAGUUGUAUGAUCCGAAGGGGAUUAUGAAUCCGUAUAAAUAUGUUCCGGAGGCAUAGAUAGAGAAGGGAAAGUGCCAAGGGAGCUUGUGAUUUGAACUUCAUAUAGCAUACUUAUACACAUCGUAUACCUACUUUACCUAUACUAGCCUUGCGUUCC